CAAGGCCUCCUACCUCCCUCCCUCAUUUCAUUUCCAAUCGGCGAUCUCUCUCGAGGUAAAAGAAGACAAGAGCCGGCGGAGAUCCCCCCUUUCUCCCUCCUCCUCUCCUCGUCGCCAUGCUCUCGCUAAAUCGAAGCGGCUUCUUGCGAUGCGACGAGAAGCCAGGCCUGCUUGUGUCGCAGAGGCGGCGGAUGCCGCUGGCGCCGGCGGGGGUGCGGUGCGCGGCGAGGGGCGGAGGGGAGCUGAAUGGGAGGGGGAUCACGGUGGACAACACGGUCAAGGAGCUCAGGGGCGAGGCCGAGCCGGUGCUCGAGCCCAAGUCCGCCGGAGGCGUCGUGGAGGACGCGCACGGUGAGGACGGGGACGUGGAGGAGCAGUUCAUCAUGCCGUGGACCGUCUCCGUCGCCAGUGGUUACUCGUUGUUGCGGAAUCCACAACACAACAAAGGGCUCGCUUUCAAUGAGAAAGAGAGGGAUGCCCACUACUUGCGAGGCCUCCUGCCUCCAGCAUGUGUUACGCAAGAGCUUCAGGAGAAAAAGAUUAUGCACAAUCUUCGCCAAUACCAGGUGCCCCUGCAACGUUAUGUGUCCAUGAUGGAUCUUCAGGAGAGAAACGAGAAGCUCUUUUACAAGCUGCUAAUUGACCAUGUUGAGGAGUUACUUCCAAUUGUUUAUACUCCUACUGUUGGUGAGGCUUGCCAGAAGUAUGGCUCCAUCUUUGGGCAUCCUCAGGGUCUCUACAUCAGUUUGAACGAGAGGGGGAAGAUUCUCGAAGUCUUGAGAAACUGGCCCGAAAGGAACAUCCAAGUUAUUGUGGUCACAGAUGGUGAGCGGAUUUUGGGUCUCGGAGACCUUGGCUGCCAGGGAAUGGGAAUUCCUGUGGGCAAGCUUGCUCUAUAUACUGCUCUUGGGGGUCUGCGUCCAUCUGCUUGCUUACCUGUCACUAUUGAUGUGGGGACCAACAAUGAGCAGCUACUUAAGGAUGAGUUCUAUAUUGGACUGCGCCGAAGAAGAGCUACUGGUCAGGAAUAUGCUGAGUUGAUGCAUGAGUUCAUGACUGCUGUGAAGCAGAGGUAUGGGGAGAAAGUGCUCAUUCAGUUUGAAGACUUUGCUAACCAUAAUGCAUUUGAACUGCUUGCCAAAUAUCGUAAAACGCAUCUCGUGUUCAAUGAUGACAUCCAGGGCACAGCUUCUGUGGUUCUUGCUGGGCUUUUUGCAGCUUUGAAUAUAGUUGGUGGAACUCUGGCGGAGCACAGUUUCUUAUUCCUUGGUGCUGGGGAGGCUGGUACCGGUAUCGCAGAACUCAUAGCACGUGAGAUGUCAAAACAGACAAAAGCUCCAUUGGAAGAGACUCGGAAGAAAAUUUGGAUGGUGGAUUCAAAGGGCUUAAUUGUGAGCUCACGCAAGGAAUCUCUUCAGCACUUUAAGAAACCUUGGGCGCAUGACCAUGAACCUGUCGGUAAUCUCUUGGAUGCUGUCAAGGCUAUAAAGCCAACUGUAUUAAUUGGCUCCUCUGGAGUGGGAAGAACUUUCACAAAGGAGGUGGUUGAAGCCAUGGCCACAUUUAAUGAGAAGCCCAUAAUUUUGGCUCUCUCCAACCCGACCACACAGUCCGAGUGUAGUGCAGAAGAAGCAUACACAUGGAGUAAGGUAAAUCUUGUUAUUCUUGUAGCCACAUGUCCCAUAUCCGCCGUGAUAAGAGAUUUUUCAUGGGGUUCAAUUUUCUGCUUAAAAACUGGCUUGCCACAUUCACAGGGUCGAGCAAUAUUUGCUAGUGGGAGCCCGUUCGAUCCAGUUGAAUAUGAUGAAAAGAUUUUUGUGCCUGGCCAGGCAAACAAUGCCUAUAUUUUCCCAGGAUUUGGCCUCGGGUUGGUUAUCUCUGGAGCUACCCGUGUGCAUGAUGACAUGCUCCUUGCAGCCUCGGAAGCAUUGGCCCAACAGGUGACACAAGAGAACUUGGAUAAAGGAUUGAUCUAUCCACCCUUCUCAAAUAUUAGGAAGAUAUCUGCUCAUAUUGCCGCUAACGUCGCUGCUAAAGCAUAUGAACUUGGUCUGGCAAGUCGGCUCCCAUGUCCCAAGGACCUGGUGAAGUAUGCAGAGAGCUGCAUGUACAACCCUGUUUACCGCAGUUACAGAUGAAUGGGUCUCCAGUUUUGAAUGAAUACUAGUAGUAGUAAUUGUAGAUCUCAGUAGCGAUAGAUGUUGUGGAUGUCUUUGUUGCUGUUGCCUCUCACUAUAUUGUUGUAUGACCUUUUGCCAAUAUGAGCUGGAACUAAAAUUGUUCUCUC